AAUGCAGUUCUGUGAUAAUUUUUGGUUGUAAAAGUUGUAAAUAGUUAUGUGAAUUAAUCCGAUAUUAUUAUAUUUAUACCUAAGUGCACAGCACACAUUAUUAUUAAACUACUUAUUGCCUGCAUGGAGAUUCGCAUUUUACUCGCAAAGAAUAUUUAUGAAAUCUAUGCUUAUUCAUUGCUCAGAAAUAAUUGACAGUUAAACAUUUUACAUAAACGCCAAAGGUCAGGGGCAGCCACCACCAUACUCCGAGAGUGCAUCAGACAUGCCCCCCACUGAGAGAGCUGCCACUACCACCACCAUGCACUCCUCCACGUCAACAGCAGUGGGCUUCGGCGCAGCGGUGACCGUCGUGACUGCCCAACCGACCUACCCUGCCUACCCCACAGCAGUCAUGUACCAGGGGAACAUGAACUAUGUACCGGCCGGCGUCAACGUGGGACAGGGACCCUUCAUAGGCCCCAAGGAGUCGCCAGUGACCUGCCCCUCCUGUCAGCAGAGGAUUACCACUAAAGUUGAAUACAAGGCUACGAUGAGAACUCACGUUUGUGCUCUCAUGUUUUGUAUGGUUGGGCUUCUACCGUGCAUGAUCAUCCCGUACUGCGUGAAGGGUUGUCGGAACGCCGACCACUACUGUCCCGAGUGCAACGCCUUCCUCGGCACAUACAUACGAGUCUGAUGAUAUUACUGUGAUAAAUACGGAUGUAAGAAUGUUCCUUAACCCAGUCCUAUAAUAUAGGAAUAUCUAGUCAACAUGCCUGCACUAUGCAUUUAGAAACGGCAUGAACUAAACACCACAACAAACAACACAUGUGACCACGGUCAGUGGAUUUCGGCAGAAAUGUCGGAUACGGAAAAGGUAUUGAUUUUGAUUGAUUUGAUUUGACUUUAUCCAAAAAUUCAGAUAGGUACCUAGGCAAGAUUUUGUUUAUUUUCGUAUGUAAAUAAAUUCUCAUUAUGACAAUUACUGGUAUCUAAGUAGGUAUCUGUAGAGCGAAACUCACGCGUAAUUUUGAGAAUAAGAUAAUAAGAGUAAGUACCUCACAUAGGUACUAGUUGAAAAUGAUGUAGUACCUAAUAUAGGUGAUUGAGUUUAGCGUCCAGCCUAUGAGAUAGAAAGGCUUAAGCUAUUUACUUCCUUACGGGAUGGGGAGCGGAAACAAGGGGAUCACCACACCAUAUCACUUUUCGCUUAUCACCGCGCGCGCUGUUAUUGAUGCCGGCCGGCGAUUGCUGAGGGUCUCUAAGACAGGUGACGUAGAAUAGGGAGGAUAAUAUUGGGAAUAGGCAAAUAUCCCAAAGCCUGUUCAAUAGGUUAAUAUUUAUAUUUAAUGAUUUUGUAAAUAAACAAUUAAUAAUAAA